AUGGCCAUCGACGUCAUCUCCAGCGCCCUCUCCAUCAACAGCAAGUCUGCUGCGACGUUCCCACAGGCCGACAAGUUCGAGGAACUCGUCCUGGCGAUGAAGAAGGUCCUGGGCCCUUCAUCAGGCCUAACCUCGGAUGAUGUGGACGUAGGCUCGUUGACCGAUCUGAUGAUCAACUAUGAUAGUAAUCCCCUGGAAUGGUCCAAGUAUGCCUAUGGUGAUGCCAGUCGGGGCUAUACCCGCAAUCUCGUCGACGAGGGCAAUGGCAAGAGCAACUUGUUGGUUCUCGUAUGGUCCCCCGGUAAAGGGAGUCCCAUCCAUGAUCACGGCAAUGCUCAUUGCCUGAUGAAGAUCCUGCACGGCAGUCUAACUGAAACCCGCUACGCCUUUCCUGAAGACGAUGAUGACGAGGGACCCAUGCAGGUCAUCUCCGAGAAGACAUAUAAAGAGAAUGGUGUCACUUACAUGGCCGACGAACUUGGCUUGCACCGCGUAUCUAAUAGGGGCAGCGACUUUGCCGUCUCCUUGCACUUGUACACUCCCCCUAACGUAGCCAAAGAGGGAUGCCACAUCUUCGAUGAGAAGACUGGCAAGAGUAGCCAUGUGCCUGGAUGCCAUUACUACUCAGCGUACGGUCGUCUGCUCAAGUAA